CAGGGCCGGCCUCCGCCCGGAGUCGGGCCCUCGGUGGGGCCAUGGGUUGCUGUAAAUCCACGAUCCCGGAGCCGCCCCAGGAAGCCCAGGAAGCGGAGCCGGCGCCGUUGCAAGAGGCGGACGGCAGCCGGGAGCCGGAGGCCGAGCGGGGCCACAGGUCCCGCAAGUCCAACGACAGCCUGAAGAUCACGGUCAUCUGGCGGCGGAUGUCCGCCUUCAACCGCAAGGGCUCCGCGCGCAACUCGCAGACGUCUUCCGCCUCCAACUCCCUCGCUCCUUCGACCAGGCUCGGCGUGGUGGAAGAAUAAAUGGAGUGGCGGCCUUGGGGACGGGGCCCUGUCUGACUGAUCCCGCGAGGACGCGGCCGGUUGCGGGGCCGCCAGGGAGUGGGGGGAGUGUGCGAGUGUGUGUGUCUGUGUGUGUGUCUGUGUGUGUGUGUGUGUGUGUGUC